AUGUUGCUCAAAAACAUUGCUCAAGUCCUCCUGCCUGCCGCAAGUCUGGUGAACGCUCAGUUCUCAAUUGGCACUUAUACCUCUCUUGUCGGUGGACUGGACACAAAUUCGAGUUUGCUGGGGAAUUAUUAUAACUAUUGGAUCAAAUCUACGUCCGGAAUCUGGGACCUCACACGCUCAGCUCUGGAGCCAACAACAAGCACGGGGGUAUACACCAUCCCAUGCCAUGGGAGUCGUAAAAAUAUUACUAUCGAAGCGAGUAGGAGCGCGUUGGUGAUUAUUGACAUGCAAAAUUUCUUCCUCCAUCCAGGGCUCAGCCCGAAAGCUGAUGCGGGAAGAGGAGUUGUGAGCGCGACUGUGAAUAUGAUUACCGGGUUCCGAAAGGCAGGGGUGAAGGUUUUGUGGACGAAUUGGGGAUUAGAUAACUACGAUCUCAUCACGAUGCCUCCUGCAUUCUUAGAUGGCUUCUCUAACAACCAUUCAUCAACAACAACAUUCGGUUCAGAUAUGGGUAUUGUCCCAGGGACCAAUAUUUCAGCGGGUGCGAAACUGAUGCGUGGGUCUUGGAAUGCGAGGCCGUAUGGGCCGCUUUAUGAUUUGCAAGUUGAGGGUGUGAAGAGUGGGACGGAUCUUUACUUCAACAAAAAUCGACUCUCCGGGCUCUGGGGCGCUCAAACACCGCUCGGUCUCUAUCUUCAAGAAAACGAGAUCACGACUCUGUUCUUCGGGGGCGUGAAUGCGGAUCAGUGUGUUUGGGGAACAUUCUUGGAUGCUUACUAUAAGGGUUUCGACAUCGUGUUCGUAGAAGAUAUCGCAGCGACGACAAGUCCAUAUUAUGCGACGCAAAUGGUGGUAUAUAACGCGAAUUUAGAUAGCUUUCUAGCGAACUCGACGGAGAUUCUGCCUGCUGUUUCUUGA